CCGCCCCCGGGGCCUGGCAGUGCGCAGCCGGGAGGCAGGCAGAGCGUUCCACGGCACAGCUGCGCACUGUUCUUUGUCGUUUCGGGCUCCAGAGCGCCUGCUUGUCCUGUACGCGGAUACAAAGAGUGGCACCUACAGUAUGAGAUAAAGAAAAAGAGCAUGAGAGCGGCGGGGGGUGCAGCGGGACACGAGCAGCCUCACCGGAACCCUGUGUGUUCCAGCCACGGAUUCUAAGCCGCUUUCUCCUUUACUGGACACGGAGCGUCGCCGAUGUACACACUGGAUAUCACCCACCAAAGAGUGUCGAGACCAGGGGGAGAAGGGUGGACUCUAUCUCGCAGGACUGUCGGGGUAUAGGAGGAGGUUAUGGAUAAAACUUUGCACAUUCUCCAGAAGCCCGCGACCGGCGUGCCCCUGGAUGUGAGUCUGAACAUGGACCAAGGGGAAGACUUCGCGGAGCAGCAGAUCGAAGGGAUGCCGGACAAAAUCCCUUUGGUGAAACCUUAUUUCAAAAAGAAACAGAGGAAAAUAGAUGCCAAAUGCCUCCAUCGCGCCCUGGAGGACCCCAUACUGACCACCCUGCUGAGCACGGACGCGCUGGUCUCAGGGGACGGGGUCUUCGUUCCCCGGAACCAGCCGAGCCGGACUCCGGGCAGCCUGUGCGCGGCGGCCGUGGUGAAGCAGAGCUGCGUGGGCCAGGUGUGCCUCAAAGACCCGGGGGCCGCCGACGAGGCCACGGCCGCGGCCGGGGUCGCGGGCCUGAUGAGCCGGGACGUGGAUGUGGAAAUAGCCGAUACUACUGAGGAGCUGGAAGAGACGGAACGAUCCAAAAUCCCCGAUUCUACCCCCGACUGCUUUCAGCUGAAACCCAGCCUGAGGGCGUCGGGUAGCACAGAGACAGUAGGGCCCCCCGGCAGGGAUAUACCUCCCAUUGUCGCCCCCCAGGUCUCCCACCAGGAGGGGGCCAUCAAAAGCAAAGACUUCUUAACCUCCGGGGCUAGCAAUCUUCCAGUCAAAGACUGCCCUGGACUCCAGGACCCCCAUUCCCUGCUCCUGCAGCCUGACAAAGGAGUGCUAUUUCAGGAUAAAAGUGAAGAGGCCUCCCUGGACCUGGUGUUCGAGCUGCUCACUCAGCUCCAGUAUCACACACACCAGUCGGACUCGGUGGACAUCUGUGUGGAUUUCCUCCAGGGCCAGUGUGUCUAUGGCAGCGACUGUGCCCACCACCACACCGUCCUGCCGUACCACUGGCAGAUCCGCCGGAGCAGCAGUCAGACAUGGCAGAGCGUAUCCGACGACUCCCAGGAACAGCUGGAGAGACUCUAUUGCAACCCUGACAAUGACAGAGUCAGGCUCAAGUUUCAGGGCCGAGUGUUUGCCCUCGACUUUGGGACGAUGCGAGUGUGUGACCUCGAGUUUGACUGCGUCCGGCGGCUGACCACUCCCCCCAGCCCUCUGCCCAUGCCUGCGGCAAACCAGAACCCCACCCCCAGCUGUCACACGGUGUGGAAAUACUACUGCAGAGACAACUUUGGCUGGAGGGAGUACUCUGAGCCGGUGGUAAAGCUCAUAGAGGAGGCGAACUCGAGGGGUCUCAAGGAGGUGCGAUUCAUUACGCUGCAGAACCAGUAUAUCCUCAACAUCAGAGAGGGCUUCCAGCAGAACGCCGUCUUUGGAUUCAGGCGCCAGAUCAAGAAGCGGCCUAUGUUUAUGUCGUCUGUGAUGCUCACGCCAUAUUUACAGACAUUGGGCGGUCUCUCUUUAGCCCCUCUCCCCUCCUCAUCCUCUUCGGCCUCUGCAUCCAUCGAUGCCUCGGCGUCGCAUCCCCUCUCACCAACAACCACCAACCCGCCCAGCCUUUUCCCAGAAACGUGGUUGCCAAUGACGAUGAGCCAGGACUUCCUGCGGGUGCCUGUUAGCCGCGAGGACCGCAGCUACAGGACGGUGUACAGCCUGUUCCACAAGACUGUGUCGGAGACCAAAUUCAGGAUCAUUAAGAUCCAGCGCGUGCAGAACGCCUUCCUGUGGGAGAAGUAUAAGAGGAAGAAGGAGUACAUGUCGCGCCGGAUGUCGGAGAUGGACCGGCUCUUGAGCGAGCGCCACCUCUUCCACGGCACCUCCGCCGACGUGGUCGAGGGCAUCUGCAAGCACAACUUCGACCCGCGGGUGUGCGGCAAACACGCCACCAUGUUCGGCCAGGGCUCCUACUUCGCCCGCAAGGCCGUCUACUCCCACAACUUCUCCAAGCGUUCCCCCAAAGGAGUUCAUUGUAUGUUCCUGGCCAAAGUCCUUACUGGAAGGUUCACAGUUGGAAAUCCUUCGAUGAGACGACCUCCACCCAUCAACCCCCGUGAUCCCUCCAGUGACCUUUAUGACUCCUGCGUGGACAACUGGGUGGACCCCCAAAUUUACGUCAUCUUCAAUGACGAUCAGAGCUACCCGUACUUUAUCAUUCACUACGAGGAGGUACCCAGCACUGUCGCUGUUUAAGCCUGACGUCCCAACUUGUUCUGCUCGAAUUGCAUCAAGUCUGGAUGUGUCUGUUGGGUUGAUAAAUGGGUGGAGUUUAUAACGUUAACUGAAAAAUUAAGAUCAGUACAGCCGGCACUGACGUUUUUAAGAUCUCAUGUUACUGCCUUUAUUGGACUUAAUGAAUGAAUUAAACUUCACCCAUGGGGUACUUUAAACAGAUUGAACCGGAUUAGCAAAUGUUUGCAAAUACUCAGCGAUCCAGAUCUACAGCAGGCUGGAUCCAGACAGACUGGGCUGUGUAAGGAACAACAGACCAGAUUCAACUGGAAUAACUGGCUUUGCAAAGGACUACACCUGAUUGAUUCAGUGUUCAGAUGAGGAGGACAACUGAAACAGCUGCAAUAGACUCAAGAGGACUCUCACACCACAAUGUAAUAACUUCAAUGAACCAGGAACCUGGCGAUCAUCACCAGGAAAAUUAUUUUACAGAUUUGGAGCAAAUGCAGGAAAAUUAGAAACAAAGCUUGUCCCCUUAUCAUGACUUAAUUUUUUGGACUGGACAUGAACUUGUUUCCACAUCAGGACAAACACUGUAGUUGACGGUUAGUGUCCUACGAGUACUGUGAAUGACCAACUGGCCAUGUUAUUGUUUUAAGGAAUCAGCAAAGAACCAAUCAGAGGCCUCUGGAGAGAGACCAUGGUAACUUUGACCGUCAUGUCAUUCUCUUUUACUAAUCUUAGUGAGUGCAUACCCAGCCUCCUACCCAGUUUUUGUUUUCUAGUCUCUGUGCUGCGUGUUUGUUUUUAAAUUUAGUGGACAUUAAUCUUGUGGCCUAUUCAAGCAGACAAUAGACGAGUCUCAGAGUGACAUCCAUAUACUGUAAACCUCCUGGCAGAGGAUUCACAUGAAGCUGCUCCUAGUUGCCGUUUAUGCGUCCAUAAACUUUUGCACCCACUGCUUUGGUUCCUCUCAGGAGAGGGAGACGGGGGAGG